AAAGCCCUUCUCUCUCGCAUCAAACCUCUCCUCACCAAUCCUCUACAAUCACAUUCACCGAUCAAUUCUAAGCUCAAAAAACAAGUGAACGACAACGUUAACGUCCUCAAAACCCAGCAAAACUGGUCUAAACUUGAUGAAGAACUCCGCCUCGUCGACAGGCCGGCCCUGCUCGUAGACAUGUCUCCCUUCGUCUUCGACCGAAUCCAAGACGUCGAAACCGGGGUCAAGCUCUUCGAUUGGCUAUGGAAUCAGAGAAAAGACGAGUUCUUUUCAAAUGAGUUCGCUUGUUCUUCCUUCCUAAAGCUCUUAGCGAGACACAGAAUCAUCGACGAGAUUUCAAAUGUUACUCAUGAAGUGUUAAGCCACGUUCUUCACGCGUAUGCUGAAUGAGGGGCUUUGGAUAAAUCCGUGGAGGUUUAUAAUUCUGUAGUUGAAUCGUAAAGUUAUGUGCCUGAUGUGAUUGCUUGCAACUCGUUGCUGGGUUUGUUUGAAAGACUUGGAGAUGCACGGAAGGUGUAUGACGAAAUGCGUGAGAGAGACUUGUAUACCGCUUAA